AUGGCGGAACCGGUUAUUGGUACGGGUGCUCCUCACGACCGUGACUGGCAUACCGUUGAACGGUGGAUUGCAGCGAAUAGCAACCAAGCGACAGGUUUGCCAGCGACCAGUUUAUUCGAACUUCCCAUAAUAGAGCCAGCUCUCAAACUGGAUUCCAAUUUUAGUGUCUGGUAUGCUCAGGUUGUCCAGUCCCUAGAGUGUCACCAGCUUCAUCGCCUUGUUGAUUCUGAUCAGGAGAGGCCUUUCCGUGAUGACCCUAACUUUGCGUCAUGGUUGCAGCUCACUAGGAAAGUGAGAGCUUGGCUAAGCAGUUGUAUUGACCCUGGCUUGGAGCAAGAACUUGUUGCUGAAGGCCACAAGGGGUACGCGGAUGAGUUUAUGAGGGCUUUCAAGGAUCAUAUGAAAAGUCCACGCCGUGGCGCCAUAAAGCGGGCGUGUUUUGAUAUCUGGGACGCUCAGCUCGAGAGUUUCUCGUCAAUUAUGGAGUUUGUUGCUGGAUUGAAACAGAAAUUGCACUCAGCAAUCGAUCUCGGAGCCAGCCUUCUACCUUACCAUGCUUUGAUUGCUAUGCUGUGA